GCUCAAUGAAUGAACACUCUUCAUUUCAGGUAGCCAGCCAACACAACAUUGAGGUAAAUGCUAUUAUGCCCAGGGAUAAGCCAAGUACCUGCCAUGCAUAGAUGUUUCUCAAAGCUUUAACUGAGGGUCAGAUUACUGUUUUGAUAUGGAUUUGUAAUCUGUUCUUUUCCAGUUCCCCUCCAUAGCUGGCCAAUUACUUGACUGACGGACGGACUGACUGACUGAAACUGACGGUUGAACAUUGGCUGGUUGACCGAGGUAUUCUCCAUCUAUCUUCGACCAAUCCACUGUUUUCCUUAAACACGGAGGUGAAUAUCACAUUUAGAGAUACACAGACAGAGGAACUGCCAGAGUAACUGUGUCUCAGAUAGAUGGCUGACAAGCAGAUCAGGUAAGUGCGGAUAAGGACAUUUAGAUGGAAACAGAAGAAUCUGAGAGGGUUUUAUCAAAUGUUUUAAUUGAUGUUUUAGGUUGAAUCUUGAACUAAUUCCUCCACAAUUUUGUUAUUCUCUUUUGUUAUUAAUUGGUAAUUCUAACCUUUUUCAUCCCUUCUCACCCUUCUCUCUUUCUCUCCCUCUCAGUUUACCUGCCAAAUUGAUCAAUGGGGGAAUUGCUGGACUGAUUGGUGUGACAUGUGUAUUUCCUAUUGACCUGGCCAAGACCCGUCUCCAGAACCAGCAAAAUGGUUCCCGUCUCUACACCAGCAUGUAUGUACAAUGCUGUUCAACACACACUUUUAACCAGUCUCAUUUAGAAAUUCUAAAACAAACUAUUCACUUGUAGUAUCUGCUUACCUCUGGUUGAUUCUCUGAGGUCUUUGCACAGUAAUCUUCUGUGUUCACUACACAGGUCAGAUUGCCUUAUCAAGACCAUCCGAUCAGAAGGAUACUUUGGCAUGUACAGAGGUAGGACAAAAUAGUCUGUCUCUGUGUGUGUGUGUGUGUGUGUGUGUGUGCACAGGUUUGAGCAUGUUCUUUGUUUAUUACUCUGUGUCUCUCUAUUUAUCUGACCAUUAGGUGCUGCUGUGAACCUGACUCUGGUCACUCCAGAGAAGGCCAUCAAACUAGCUGCCAAUGACUUCUUUAGACAGCACCUGUCCAAGGAUGGGUGAGUAGGGCUCAGAGGCCUCUUUCAAAUACCUGCCUGUCAAAUACUAUCAUACACCAGUCAUAACUGACUGGCACAUCAACCUCUUGCCCACUCUGAUCUCCUUGAAUUGAUGUACUUGAAAGAUGUAGUGUAUACUAUAUCAGCUUAACUAACUUCUUGUUUGGAUUUGAUAUAAAUAUCACUUCAGGAUUCUAAUAAUAUCUUCACUAUGUGCUUUGAUCCAGUGGUAAUGCAUUAGAGGUAUAAAUAUUUUGUAAACAUACAGCAUGGAUGAUAGGACCAAUCCCAUAGGCCCCUGCAGCAUUAUCCGCAUGACAUACCUGGGCUAUCUUUAGCGUCCCUCAACACUUCCAUGGCGACCAAGAACAUGGCUGAUAAAUUAUUGAGUGACCUGCGCUAGCGCACUGGUGAAUUAUUAACAUGUUUCUAAGACUGUGUGAGUAUGUGUGUGUGUGUUUCUAAAUGUUUCUAUAUGUGUAUCACUAAUGGUAUGUUUAUUGUUUUAUGCAUGUUUAUAGUCUUGUCCUAUGUGUUGUGGCAGAUCAGGGGGUUGGGUCAAAACGUUUACACAGAUCAGACACAGACAGAGUAUGAGUAGCUCGGUUUCAAGGGUGUUUAUUAAUAAAAUAAUCAAAAGAAAAGGUUAGGUCUCCCCCAUGAGACCGUCUCCAACUCCAUGGAAGUUACCUUAUUCCCCCCAGUCCUCUCUCAUGUGCUGCCCUUCUGGCAGCUUUAUGGGCCUUGCACAGCUGGUGAGCAAUCCGCCCUUAAUUACUCACCAGCUCCCAAUCAGCCCCAAUUAGUCCUGUCUGGGGAGCCCGUCAAGACCUGGCACGUCCAGCAGAUGGAGCCACCGCCUCGUGAUGUAAACUCCAUCUGUUACCAGGCCUCGACGAGUCUCCCCCUGGUGGCUGACCUGCUGUACGCAACACCCCUCCCUUAGCUAUGUCGGGGAGGGGACGGUCUUCAGUGCAACGUCUGUCUCCCUUCUCGGUAGGGCAUCCGCGUUUCCAUGCUUCGCCCCUGACCUGUGCACAACAGAAAAAGAGAAGCGUUGAAGGGACAAGAACCACCUGGUGACCCGAUUGUUUGUGUCUUUACCCCUGGCCAGGGGAGCAUGGUCCAUGACCAGGGUGAAGUGGGUACCUAUCAGGUAAUACUUGAGAGUGUCUAGCACCCACUUUACCGCCAGACACUCUUUCUCAACAAUUUAGUAUUUUUAUUCUCUCUGUAUCAGCUUUCGGCUGAUGUACAUAAUGGGGUUCUCCUCCCCAUCGUGUAUCUGGGACAGAACGGCCCCUUGUCCCGUAUCACCUGCAUCCGUCUGGACCACCAUCGGCACCUGGAAAUCUGGCGUUACGAGAAUCGGAUGGGAGCACAGCGCUUCCUUCAGACGGCUGAACGCUGCUUCUGUCUCGUACGUCCAUUUCACUGUUUUCGGGAGGCGGGCCCUGGUUAGAUCGGUAAGGGGGGAAGCUAUAGCCCAAAGUUGGGGAUAAACCGGCUAUAGUAUCCUGCCAGUCCCAGGAAGGACUUGACCUGUGUCUUGGUGCGUGGAACGGGCCAGUCACGUACCGCGUGAACCUUCCUCUCCUGGGGCUUGACGUUCCCCCGUCCGAUCAAAUACCCCAGGUACUCCACCUCCUCGAACCCUAGCUUGCAUUUCUUGGGGUUUGCGGUCAACCCGGCUUGCCUGGAGGCGCGUCAGGUACUCCUCCCAACCUUGGCUGUGGAUGAUAAUAUCAUCCAGAUAGGCCGCUGCGUACUGCUGGUGGGGUCGAAGCACUCUGUUCAUCAGUCGCUGGAAUGUGGGCGGGGCUCCGUGGAGACCGAACGGGAGCACCCGGUACUGGUACAGACCGUCUGGUGUCGAGAACGCCGUCUUCUCCCGGGAGGAGGCUGCCAAUGGUACCUGCCAAUAUCCUUUGGUCAGGUCAAUGGUGCUGAUGUACUGGGCCUUUCCCAAUCGGUCGAUUAGCUCGUCCACCCUCGGCAUGGGGUAGGCAUCGAAUACGCUUAUGUCGUUCACACCCCGGAAAUCAUUACAGAAGCGGAGGCUACUGUCCGGUUUGGGCACCAACACAAUGGGGCUGCACCAUGCACUGUGGGUCUCUUCAUUGACCCCCAUCCUCAGCAUAGCCUCCACUUCUUUCAUGGCCUUCCGUCGGGCCUCCGGAAUUCAAUACGGCCUCUUUCUUACCGUUUCCCCGGUGGUGUUCAAUGAGGGUCGUGCAGCCCGGCUUCUCGGAGAACACCGGCGUGUUCCGAUCGACAAGCUCCCGGAGCUCUUGCUUCUGGGCCGGGUCGAGGUCCUCACUGCUCGGGACCACCACUGGUACCGUUGGUGUCCUGGGUCCCGACCAUAACACGGCCAAGGCUGUCCUCUCGUGCCACUUCUUCAACAGGUUCACGUGGUAAAUCUGUUGAGGUUUCCGUCUCCCCGGUUGCCGUACGUGGUAGUUGACAGGUCCCAGUUUCUCGACCACCUCGUAUGGUCCAUGCCAUGUGGCCAGGAACUUACUUUCGGCUAUGGGGAUCAACACCAACACUCUGUCUCCCACCUGGAAUUCUCUGGGCUGGGCUCCCCGAUUGUAGACCUGGGCUUGGGCGCGUUGGGCCUUCUCCAUAUGUUCCCUCACGACUGGCCGUAUGGCUGUCAUCUGCUCCCGCAUCGUCUCCACGUGCUCUACCACGCUGCGUAAGGGGGUCGGUUGGGCUUUCCACACCUCCUUGGCGAGGUCCAGUAGGCCACGGGGCCUCCUCCCGUAGAGGAGUUCAAACGGGGAAAACCCAGUGGAGGAUUGGGGUAUUUCUCGGAUUGAGAACAUUAGGUGGGGUAGCAGCUGGUCCCAGUUCUUCCCGUCCUGCUCGAUGACCUUCCGUAGCAUCUGUUUGAGCGUUUUAUUAAAGCGCUCGACGAGCCCAUCUGUCUGCGGGUGAAAAACGGAGGUCCGGAUCUGCUUGAUCUGCAUGAGGGCACACAACUCUUUCAUGAGGCGGGACAUAAACUCUGUACCUUAGUCUGUCAGGAUCUCGUUCGGGAUGCCCACCCGGCCUCGACGAGUCUCCCCCUGGUGGCUGACCUGCUGAACGCCACCGGGUAUAGAAACAGGGAGUUAGCAUGAUGCAUUUAUGUUGUGUGCGUUUUGUUUAAUGUAUGUAAAACCCCUGAGAUAGCACCAGACCAUCCAGAGAAAGAAGUAAUUGAACCAAAAUAAUUAUGACAUUUCUUCUCUCUCACAGUCAGAAGCUCACCCUGCUGAGGGAGAUGCUGGCGGGUUGUGGUGCUGGUACAUGUCAGGUAAGCUCAGCCAGGGUAUCAGCCUCAGACAGCUCUCUACUACAGCCUUGUGGCUCAACAGUAGUUAUGCACACUAGUAGUGUGUCUGCCUGGGGUUUUGAACUCUUCUGAAACUAAGUCACACUCUGUCUCUCCAUCUCUUUGUCUCUUUGUCUCUCCAUCUCUUGAUGCAGGUCAUCGUCACCACUCCCAUGGAGAUGCUAAAGAUCCAGCUACAGGAUGCAGGGCGGAUAGGUGAGAGAUGGGUAGAAGAAGGAGAGAGCAGGUUGUAUGUUCCCCUGUUCCCAGUCAAUGUUUUAUGACUAACCAGUGUAUUGUCAGCCAAACAAACACUAACAGAUCAUAGAGAUCUGAUCCGUUAGAACUAGUAAGAACCAGCAUUGUUAUUGUGUCAAUGUACCAAUAGUUAUUGUAAUGCUUGAACACAUUUGUGACUCUUCCUUGUGUUCCUGUGACUCCCCAAAUGUAUAUUUUGUUUGCCAACUUCUCCUGAGGCAUUGCUGCUUCCCUGUCCCUGGUUGAUGAUGUCACACUGAUGAUACUGAUGUUGCUGUGUGUGUUAUGACACUUGUAGAGGCUCAGAGGAAGCUGAUGCCCCAGGCUGCAGGUGGGGCCCCUGGGGGCCCAGUGGAGGUGAGGACCCAUACAGCCAUGCAGCUCACCCGGGAGCUGCUGAGGAGCCAGGGCAUCGCAGGGCUCUACAAGGGCCUGGGGGCCACACUGCUGAGGUACAUCUGCACAGAGACACAAUGGCAAUCUUGCAAGAACAUACACAAAUGAAGAUGAUACAUAUUUGUUGUUCCAUUCCUCUGUUCUCUUAGGGACGUGCCAUUCUCCAUAAUCUACUUCCCCCUGUUUGCCAAUCUGAACAGCCUGGGUGGCCGUGGGGCUGAUGGCCCCGCUCCCUUCUAUGUGUCCUUUGCAUCAGGCUGCAUCGCUGGCAGUACAGCUGCUGUGGCAGUUAAUCCAGUGGAUGGUAAGGACCGUCGAGUGUGUAUACAGGUAUGAGUGUGUAUUCUGCCUGCCGUGUGCCCUGUAAGCCAAUUGAUACAGUAUGUGUGUUACAGUGAUUAAGACCAGAAUUCAGACCAUGACACGGGGAAGUCGGGAGGACACCUACAGCGGAGUGACAGACUGCAUCAGGUAACCUCUCCUUCCUCUAACUCUUCCACUGCUUCCCUCCUGGUUUUGGUGUCUGUGAGUUCAACCGACCUAAUCCACCUUUCCCUAAAAUGUGAACAGCAGACCUAUGAAGAAAGAAACAUGAUGACAGGCAUUCUCUGAUCGAUUAUAUCCAUGUUAUAUGAUGGAAGAACAUUACAACAUCUACUGGUACUAUGAAAUAAAUGGAGAAGGCAUUUUAGGCUAGAAUAUAGAUACACCCCUAUAUCACGACCCUCUUGUCUAACAGGAAGAUUCUGCACCAAGAGGGUCCCUCUUCUUUCCUGAAGGGGGCGUACUGCCGUGCUCUGGUCAUUGCUCCGCUCUUUGGCAUUGCACAGGUGGUCUACUUCCUGGGAGUGGGAGAGUUCCUUCUCAGCUUCCUGCCUCAACGGAACAACUAGUCUUGCACUUUCCUCUCCUGCACAGCUCACAUUGGAGCCAGGUAAUCUGGCACCUACCUCUCAGACACAGCCCACAUUGGAGCCAGGUAAUCUGGCUCUUUCCUCUCCUGCACAGCCCACACUGGAGCCAGGUAAUCUGGUACCUUCCUCUCAGACACAGCCCACAUUGGAGCCAGGUAAUCUGGCACCUACCUCUCAGACACAGCCCACAUUGGAGCCAGGUAAUCUGGCACCUACCUCUCAGACACAGCCCACAUUGGAGCCAGGUAAUCUGGCACCUACCUCUCCUACACAGCCCACAUUAGCCUAAGGCCUAAAGGAGUUAGUCAGGGUCAGACAGAACAGUGUGUGUGUUCUAGACCAGAGUAUGUCCUCUGCACCUGUUGAGGGUGUUCUGAUAGGUCAUCCUUUUUACAUCCCCUACGUGAGAUGAAUUACUGUAAAUAUUUGAAUUUAGGUCUGAUUUAGAAUUGUAUGAUAAACAUUCAAUAUCAUUUCAAGUGUACUUUUAGUUGUGCUUUAUCAAGGUUUAGUCAUGGAAUUCUCUCUAUUGUUUUUACUAAGAUGUUGCUAUCAUGAUAUAAAAAUCUGUUCAAUCAUGUUAACUCAGUAUAUAUCUGUCUCAAUAUGACUGUACUGUAAUAUAUUCUCUCUGUAUUGAUACUGUUUUAUUGUAGUUUUGUGGCUGUUUUGCACAGCUUCUGUACCUCUUUCCAAAUUGUGUUUCCCUCUCCGUCCAUAAAGAAGCUUUAGAAUUGCAUUCUUCUUCCAAGAAUGCAUUGAGUAUUUCAUCACAGUGAUGCUAAGAGAUGAUCUGGGGUGUAUCCAGGAUUACCAAAGAUAUAACAUAAGAUGUUGGCAGAUGUUGGAAACGAUGUAAUCAAGCUGUGUGCCUAGAUAGAGUCAACAUUGCCUGCAGCAAACGUAGCUGGUUGGUGACAUUGGUGAUUACACACCAAACACAAUUAGCUGCCCAGCCACCAUGUUGGCACCAUUUUGUGACUAGAUGUCAGUUCAGGGACCUGCCUGAAUUUGUCCAA